AUGGCUGCGUAGUCUGCGAGUAUACUUGGUGAAACUUGACAGUUGAGCUUUACUCUGCUUCUGUCGGACAGCAGGGGGUUAAAAUGAAGUCGGACACGGAGGACUUGAUGCCCAGGCUGCUGCCUCUGGACCGUGACGGCGGCGCGGCGGAGAUGGACCUCAGCGUGACGCCCCGGAACCCGCAGGAAUACCUCCGACAAGUGCAGCUGGAGGCGUCCCUGUGCCCAGAGGUGGUGGUUGCUCAGAUUGACCCAAAGAAGCUUAAGAAGAAGCAGACGGUGAAUGCAUCGGUGGCGGGGUGUCCCGUGGCUCCUCUGGGUUGUUCUCCAAGCCUAAGCUGGCAGCAGCAUCAAGUCAGCAACUUCUCUGAAGUCAGACAGAGUAUCACAAAGAACAGGAAACACUGGAGCAGCCAGAAUCUGGAUGACAAUGUGCAGAUGCCAAAGCUCACAGAUGAGGAGGGCUGGAAGAAAUUUUGUUUAGGAGAAAAGGUCUACCUGGGCUCCUCAUCCUGCCAAACAGAUCCCGACGCCGAACCAGCGUUAGACUACAACAAGGUGGGCUUCCCUCCCUUUCUCAGCAUCGUCAGCAGACUGAACCAGUCAACGGUUCUAAUGGUACUGGACAUCCUCAUCAGCUGGUUUGAAGAGCAGGAGUUUGCUCCACAGUUGGGUCGCUGGCUGUAUGCUCUGCUGGCCUGCCUGGAGAAGCCUCUGCUGCCUGAAGCCCACUCCUCCAUCCGACAGCUCGCCAGGAGAUGCGCCCACGUCCGCAGCACGCUGGAAAGUGAUGAGGAUGAGAGACUUCCUGCUCUGAACUUACUCAUCUGCUUGGUUGCAAGAUACUUUGAGCAGAAUGAUCUGGCAGACCAGCCAGAGGGAAGCUGAUCUCUCCACAACACGCUCAAGAUCGUGGCGAUUUCCAUCUGGCUGUUCACAACAGACUGGAAAAUAACUCAUGGUGUUUCUGCUCACAUGUUGUGAUGCCACCAUAUUUGUGAACGAGCAUGGUUACUUCAGCUGAUUUUGAUGAUUGUUUUAGUGUACGGUCAUUGAACUCGAAGGUUUUGUUUUGUUUUUUCCUAAUAAAGUGAUUUCU